AUGUCGAAGCCUACUACUCGCUGGAACGAUGAGGAGUUGAACGCAUUCUUAAAAGGGAUUGAGAAGCAUGGUCUGGGAAAAUGGACGACAAUUUUAAAGGAUGAGGAAUUUCGUGAGGCUCUCUCGGCACGCACUGAGAUGAGCCUAAGGGAAAAGCACCGUAGUCUCGUGAAAGCUUCUGAAAAGGGGAAGGGUAAAGUUGAAGACGUCAUACCACAGGAAGAUCUGUUUACACCCCAAGUCCUCCAAACUAUGCUUUUAGACAUUGAGGCUGGACUCAAAGUCUUGAUGACAUCAACUACUGAAUGCCCUAUCUCAGUAUCCACUUUGGAAGACACCAAGAAAUAUUUGCAGUGGAAGCUUGCUGAUGCGAAUGUGGAGAGUAAUGUGACUAAUGUGGAAUCUGGCGAAUCAGACUCUUGGUGGGAUAAUGAAAAAUUAGACAUGCUUCUGGAGUUGUCUCUGCUCGAUUUGCCCGCCAUCGAUAUAUGGGAGAAGAUGGUGGAUACGUACAAAGACAUUACACUUGACAUGGUGGCAAAGAAACUCAAAGAAGCGAUGGAUGAAUUUGUUGAUGUUCUUCUCAAAUGUGUAUCCCAAAACGUCGGCUUCAGUCAUGGAAAGCCUAUUGCAGCUGUUACACAAGGUUACCGGAGUUGGAAGCUGGUUUUCUCGAGAGGAAAAAACUAG